AUGGGCCCCUGUACCGCCUCCUCAUGCUGCUGCCAGGCCCGUAAUCUGCCAUGGGCCCCCGUACCGACUCCUGAAUGCUGCUGCCAGGCCCGUAAUCUGUCAUGGGCCCCUGUACCGCCUCCUCAUGCUGCUGCCAGGUCCAGAGUGUGUCAUGGGUCCCUGUACGGCCUCCCAUUGCUGCUGUCUCCAUCGCCACACUCUGCCAUGUGCCACUUUCAGGUCUCCUCACACUGCUGGUGGGUUCCAUUUUGUCAUAGGGUGCUGGCUGAUUACGGCCUCCCAUUGCUGCUGCCAGGCCCGUAAUCUGCCAUGGGCCCCCGUACCGACUCCUCAUGCUGCUGCCAGGCCCGUAAUCUGUCAUGGGCCCCUGUACCGCCUCCUCAUGCUGCUGCCAG